GCAGGAGUAAAAGACGACAAUACAGUAGAAUAAUAGAAAGAGACACAUAUAAAUAGCUUCCCCUCUUGAACUGUUUAUUGGACUAGCGAGGAUUCGAUUGAAAAAUCUUUGCAAUUUUCUUCAUCGCCUUCCAUCGUCUGCAAAAAGGAAUCAAUUCAAUAGGCUACUAUAUAAGAAUGUAUCUGGUAUGGAACAUACUGGCUAGAGUGCUAGACUGGCUUUUGCCAUUUUGUGCCAGUAGGGAUCACUGAUCACUGAAGGAUCGACUGCAAGUUGGCAACUAAAUAUUUUAAAAUGGGGACUUCUGCCUGUAGUUUAUGGUUUGAACUUAGAACCUUCAAAAGGAAGUGAUGGUGCCAUUUACUACUGCAACAAGAGGUUUGAGGACGGCUUCAUAGCUUUGGAACCUACAUCUGGGCAAAAUGGUGGGCUUCCAGAUUGGAGAUCUGUCUUUUUGAAUAUACUCGAUGUUAAUCCUAGGGCAGACACCAGAAAUUAGUCACUGUCAUUACUCCUGAAAGUGGAUGCAACAUGGACGAUGGUAGCCAACGUGAAAAUGGGAGACACAAAGAUCAGUACAAGACAGUUCACAGUCAGUGGAUGAUUCCCCAACAUCAGAUGAAGCAGGUGAUGGCCCUCAUGGCUGAGAGGGAUGCUGCAAUUCAAGAAAGGAAUGUGGCCCUAGCAGAGAAAAAGGCAGCAUUGGCAGAACGAGACAUGGCAUUCCUACAGCGAGAUGCCGCCAUUGCUGAGCGGAACAAUGCCUUAAUGGAAAGGGACAAUGCCAUUGCAGCCCUAGAGUACCGGGAAAAUGCCUUGAGUGGUAGUGGUGUACCAACAUGCCCACCUGGAUGUGGAGUCCCGCGUGGGACAAAGCAUGUACACCAUCUAACCCAUUUGACAGAAGCUCCUUACCAUGCGAGGGAUAUGCACAUAACUGAAGCCUACCCUUUAUCAUCAGCUCCUGCUGAGGCUCACAAGCCUCGGAGAGCUAAGCGAACCAAGAAAGAGAGCAAGGCAGUGCCACUUAAGAGGUCCCAACAACCCUCAAGCAAGGGUAAGAAAGGGGGAGAGGACUUGAACAAACUGGUUACUGUGGCCAAGUUACAUGACUGGAGGAGUGGACAGGACGCAAAUGGAAGUGGUGAAGACUUGAAAAAGCAGCUGGCAGUGUCAAAGCCCGACUGGAAGGGCCAAGACCUGGGCUUGAACCAGGUAAACUUUGAUGAAUCAACCAUGCCGGUCCCAGUUUGUUCAUGUACGGGGGUCCUCCAGCAGUGCUAUAAGUGGGGGAAUGGGGGAUGGCAGUCUGCCUGCUGCACCACCACCUUGUCAUCGUAUCCACUGCCUGUGAUGCCAAACAAGCGUCAUGCCCGCAUUGGUGGUAGAAAGAUGAGUGGUAGUGCAUUUACUAAAUUGCUUAGCCGGCUGGCUGCACAAGGCCAUGAUCUUUCUACCCCAGUUGAUCUCAAGGACCACUGGGCCAAACAUGGGACAAAUCGGUACGUAACCAUCAAAUAGUUGGCAAACAGAUUAAGCCUUUUUUUUUGACCGGGGAAAAUGAAAAUAUGGAGCAUAUACAAGAGCUUAAUUAUUUAUAAUAUCCAUAGAUCAAACUAGGGUAGAUGAAUCUGGCGGACAUUCUCUUCCUUGGCACACACUCUCUCCCCCCUCUCUCUGUUUGUGUGUGCGCGUUUCAAUUUCAAGUUGGGAAAACAUGGUCGUUCAAAAGUAGCCAGUAGCCUGCCUUGUUCUACUUGUUCUUAAAAACGCAUCAGAACCCGGGGAAGAAGAUGCACAUGUGAAUGAAAAGGACGAGUGAAUAUGUACAUAUAUAAUAGUUCUUUUUAGCUUUUACGAACUCACAGUUGCCUUUUUCCCUUUUGAGUUCCUAAAGUGAGUGAACAUUUGGGUUGCCAGAUACUGCGCAAUGUGGUAUCCGAUAUUCCGAUUGUUCAAAUUUUAAUUUGAUGGAAACACUUAAAAGUGCA